UCUUUAUCGUGUCUGAUUCAAAUCUUAUUAAUAGCCUCGUUUUAACUUGACAUUAAACUGAGUGUCCUAUUUCCGUUUCGAAAGAGAACUUUGUGUGUGUGUGCUAGUAGUCCGUAUCUUCUUCUGAGGAUUAACGAUAAGUGUAUCUCAUAAUACACAAGAGGUAUACUCAUGGGAUAGAGGGUUUGAGGCGACUGUGUUGGAAAAUGACGUCACGUUUUCACCUGUGAUCGAGGUGUGAAGAAGUCGAUUUCAACGAUUUUUUUUGGAAUGUGAAGAAUUUGAUUAUAUUCUAUGGUGUAUAUUUCAAAAAGUAUUUGCAAGAGUUUCUAAGUAAAUUUUGUUAAAAAAGUUAAGUUAUUGAACAAAAGAUUAUUAAUAUCUAAAGUGAGAUUUAGUAUGAAGACAAGAAGAAAGGUGUCACGAAAAUGAAUGGAAUAGUUUUGAGACAACAGCAACAUUACCACAACAGUGUGCCCGGGCUAGGUGUGACCAAUGAGGGUAAAUAUCGACCCUCCACUGCCAUCAAGACCGAAACACUGACAGACAAGUACACAAUCCAGGGGGAGAUAGGGAGAGGGAAGUUUGCUGUGGUACGGAAAUGUCUCAACAAUGAAACAGGAGAGGAAGUGGCUGCCAAAUACAUCCGAAAGCGGCGAAAGGGCAAGUCUUGUCGAGAUGAAAUCCUGCGAGAAGUUGUUAUGUUAGAGCUAGGGCUUGAACAUCCAAGACUGGUGGACCUCAAGGAGGUGUUUGAAACACAGAAUGAGCUCAUACUCAUCACUGAGUAUUGUGCUGGUGGAGAGUUGUUCACAGAGUGUGUAAUAGAGGAGUCUUUCAGUGAAGCAGAUGUUGUCCGGUUCCUGGCACAGAUUCUGGAGGGUCUGGACUACCUCCAUGAAAGAAACAUAGUACACUUAGAUCUUAAGCCUCAAAAUAUACUAUUUACCAAGCCUUUCCCCCAUGGGGAUAUUAAAGUCUGUGAUCUUGGAUUUGCUUGUCUGGUCAACACUGGAGAAGACAUUAGAGACAUCAUAGGAACUCCUGAUUAUGUAGCCCCAGAAGUGCUUUCCUACGAACCUCUUGGUUUAUACACAGAUAUGUGGAGUCUGGGCGUCCUGACUUAUGUCAUGUUAACUGCACACUCGCCAUUUGCUGGCAAAGACAACCAGGAGACAUUCCUCAACAUAUCACAGGUCAAUCUGGACUUCCCGGACAGUUUGUUUAAGGAGACCUCCUCCCUGGCCCAGGACUUCAUCACUAAACUGCUGAUCAAAGAGCCUGAGGAGAGGUUGACAGCAAAACAAUGUUUGCAACAUCCCUGGUUAACUCAAAGGGUGGAUCCUAAAAAAAUCUUGGAGAUUUCUAUAGAAGAGAGGGAUGAAACUAGUGACAAACCUGAACCCACCAAUCAGGACAAAGAAUGUGAAUUUAAAUUGACCAAUGAAAACAGACCUGAUUGUGAACCACCUGUUCAAAUUUCAGAAAACAGCAGGUUGAACAAAGAAAAUCCAGAUGUUGUGUUAAAGGAGAGUUUGAAAGAGAAUAUUUCCUCGGAUAAAGAAACUCAAGAAAAAGACUUGAAGAAGUUAAUUCUGUGUUCAGACAUUUUGGAUCAGCAUGUGAAAAAAGUGGAUAAAGUAACAGAGAGCAUCUCAUCUAAAUCUGUGUGCAAUGAAAACAUGGACACCAAGAUGUGUCCCAGUCGUAACCAUAUAUCUGAUUGGACAGAUGUAGAGGAAGAUAAAAUGGAGUUAGCUGAAGAUGUAGACAAUAAGGUCUCCCUGGUGUAGUGUUCUGGCUAGCGUAAUACUACCGUUUUAGUGAGUCUCACAAUUGUAGGAAUUCAGGAAAUAACUGCAAGGGUUUUGUAUGUAUGGCUAAUUAGAAAGAAACAAAGCACUUCAGUCUUCAGUGUGCUGUGCCUGCCGGGUUAUCAUGAAUGAGGGCCACAAUGAGCUCUUUUAUCCAUGUGACUGUGUGUUGGUGAUAGAGUACACUGGGGCUGAACUACUGCUAACCUGGACUCUUCGCUAACACUACAAAAACUUUUGUUAUACAUCUGCCUUGACACCCCCCCCCCCACCCCCACCCCCAAUUUCCUUGCAGUUUUUGUUGGCAAACAAAUAGUAGAUGGGGCCAAAAUGUUUACAAUAUGCACUAGCAGGGAUAAAAGUUGUUCUUAAAUGUUAUGUCCAUGUGACUGUUUAUACUAUAUCUACAUUGAGUAUAUCUGAUCCAUUGAGGACCAAAGAAAAGUUUUUAUGUAUCAGUAGUGGACAGGUAUAUAUAUAUGUCUUUUUCUUGUGGUUUCAGCACGAGCAUUUAUACACCGUCAGGUUUUUGUGAACGAGACCAAUUCAUGUAGAUUAUACGACAGGCUGACGUCUUUUUCUCGGCUCUGUUCGAACUAGUUCUGUAGAAAUUGGUGCCUCGAUUAAAACCUCCUAGUUUGUAAUUAUCCCAUAAUUUCCUGUUUAACUUAGUUAAUUUGUGUACUUGUAAAACUGUCAAAACUUAGUCAGUUUGAAAUACAAAACCGAUUGACAAGAUUUUAUUUUUGAUCACUUUCCCAAUGAUCGGCAUCUUUUACACUGAUGCUGAUCUACACGUUAUGAUUUUAUGUUGCCAGUACAUGUGUUGUUGAGAGAGUUCAGCGUGCCCUCUUCUUGUGGCACGUUUUACAUAUGAAAGUACAUGUACAUCAGCUGAACUAAUUAAUGAAAAAGAGAAUUAUAUUAAUUUGUAUCUUAAGAAAAAUAAUUUUGUCCUUUUUAUUGCCAGUACAAAUUCACCUCUUAAUAUGUAAUAGUACAAACGCACUCCUAUAAGUAAAAACUCUGGUACUGCCACUCCUUGUUGGCACCAAGUCAAAAGGAUCUCGCUGUCAGCAUCCAGAUUAGUGCAUGUAGUAUACUGGUACAUACAAACUUGGUCUCAUUUUACACAAAAUAUUGUAUUUACGAAAUUAACACCAUAAGGAUCGUGUAUAAAUUUAGCACUAAGGGUCGUUAGAAAUUUAAAUAAUUUGAACACCCCCUUUCCAUCUCUCUGUGAAGAAAACUUGAAGUAUUGAUAUUUGAAAAAAAAAAAAAAUGAAUUCCUUUUGAAUUUUUUCUCCAAUCAUCUAGCAAGUAUGAUGAUACCUGCCGACUUCUACAUUCACAAAGACGUGAUCAGGUUACCGGGAAAGUGGACAGAAAAGUGGGUUUAGGCAUUAGAAAUUCAUUUGGCAUUGAUGGGGGGGGGGGGGGGGGGGGGGGCAAAAUGUUCCUGAUCCUUAACUAGACGGAGAAAUGUUGGAAAAUGAUUGUUGAAACCUGAAUCACUAACAUAGGAUAAUACUGCAAACAAUAUAUUCUGAAAGCAGGACAUAUACAGCAUAUAUUUGGUCUUGUUUUCUCGUUAGUCCUUUAUCAAGUCAGCCCAUCCUUCCUGACUCUCCAUUUUAUCAUGAUUUUGAGCUCCUUUUUUGUCGGAACCUGACACUUUUAAUUUUUAACAUAUCUCAGGCUAAUACUUUUAUCAUCCAUUUGCAUGUGUAACCAUGGAAACUGGCAAGAGUGCCAAAAACCUGCAACAUAUCUUUCAAGUGACUUAUACUGAUAGGGUCCAAUUCAUUUUGUCUCGGUCACUCAUAUGUGGACACUCUGUAGGCGACUAAAUUCCAUUGUUUUGUAUUAAAUGUUUUACGAUUAUUUAGUAGUUUAGUUAGAUAUAUAUAAGUUAUUGUAUAAUAGUUUAUUCUGACUGUCAAGCUUGUUUAUGUAGAUACUUGUUCAUACUGGUAUUGUAAGUAUCUUUGCAAAUAUGUUUAUGAUCUAUAUUGCUCUUUUAAAUCUUCAUUUUUAAUUCCAUGGAAAUGGCCAUUUGAUUUUAGAUAUCAAGAUGACGUACAGUGUAUACAUUCGGUAGAAAUGUGGUUUUUUUUUCCAGAGUUUUUGAUAUACAGUGUCUCUUUAUGAGAUCACAAAAAAGUGCUUUUUGCUUACGUUCAUGUGAGUGUUGCAUGUUUUUGUUCAUUAUUGUCCUUGUCUUGUUAACAAAUCUAUUUCAAAUGGGAAUUCACGAAAAAAAAAAAAAAAAACUGUACAAUUUAUUUUCUAUAUAGGUAUUUUUUACUGCUGUUAAAGAUAUUUUGUUUUUAAUUUUCAUUAUUUUUUGGGGCAAAAUAUUUUCAAGAACUCCCGAAUAAAUUGAGGAAUGAUGUUGCCCGCACGUAAAGUCAUAGAAAACGCACUGCAUAUUCAGUCAAGCAUGUUUUAUUUCUUCCUUCAUAUUUGUAAUAUUCAAACAUAAAUCAAGAGAAAAUUCAUUGAAAUUCAUGACCAACAUGGUUUAAGGAAGUGUUCCACAAAAUUUGUAAUAUUGUAUAAUCCAUGGUAAUGAUUUUUUUCUCAGGAUUUUUAUUUUAACACACCUAGAAGUUGUGAAGAUUAUAAAUCAACAGUGAUAUGCUGUAUUUAAGAUUUGAAAUCGGAAUCCAUUUUCAGUCCAUGAUAUCUCUCUGAAGUACGAUGACAGUUCAUGCUUUACUGUAUACCAGAAAUAUUUUGUACCUAUAUUACAUAAGCUGGCAUCCUUUGUGGGCAAAUUUAAAACUCGACUAGUUUAUAUUAUAAACUGAACUGCUUAUGAAGAAGAAAACUUGACUCUUUUGUUUUUUGUCCUGUUGAAACAUUAAUAUCAGCGAGUGUAUGGUAGUAAACAAUGUUUGUACGAUACUGCUUUUUUAAAAUAUUCCAUUUUAUCAAUAUGAUAAUCCUGUCUUUCAUUUUCUUUAAGCAGUUUAUUAAAUUGCUAAAUACAGCUGUACAUGCAGUCAUCUUUGUGUUUGAUGAUAGUAUGUAUUUAAUUGGCUUUUCAUAAAUUGCAUGUCGUGCUAUUUUAAAAUUUUUUGUUAGCUUUCCGUAAUUACAGUAGCAAUCAUAAAAUUGUCAGGCUUUCAAAUUGUUUCACAGAUGUACUUGACCAAGAUAUAUAUGGGAACAUUCAAAGAUAUGAAAAAUAAGGAAUAUCGGUACGCAGAUUAUUUAUUAGAAUGCAAAUUGAAAUACUUUUAAUUUAGAGUACGUAAAUUUUUAUAGCGAUUAUUUAGCAAAAGAAAGAUACCCUGGAUACUUCAUGUAUGCAGUUUGUGAAAAAGUACAAAACUUUGAGGAAGGUAAUUGGAAUGUUUCAGCUGUUGACGUUAGUUACCUGUAUUAUCACUGUGUGGAUGUCUUAUGUUAUCUGUGUAAACUAGCGGUAGACCCAAUCCAAGUCUUGUAUUUCAUGUCAUCUGAUGCUAUUGUUCCAGAAGCCGUAUUUUUAUUUUUUACAUUUAACAAGUAGAAAAUCAGCAAUAAAUAUAUUGCAAGCUA